GCCACAUGAUCUGUUGCCAUGGUUACGUCAACAGACGCUUUGUGUCUGGAGGAGUGGAGCUGUGAGUCAGUUGAAGAACCAUGGCAAAGCACUGUGUGACUUAAACAAUUUGCUUGUGGUGUCGUCUAUUAACCAGUAAAGAAGUUUGAGGUUUUUGUUAGGUAAAACUUACGAACUACAUUAAGUUACAAAGGACACUAGCAUAGCCUUCACGACCCAAAAUGGAGUUCGGCGAGAAACUAAAAGAGAUGAACAUGACAACCGAUGAAAUUAAAAGGUUUACCAACGCUUUCAAAGACCCUAAAUUCAAAGAAUUGCUGCAAGAUUACGCCCAGGAAAUUUCAGACCCUAAGACUAAGAUGAUAUAUGAGCAAGAAAUUAAAAAGUUGGAGCUGGAAAGGGGCAUUGACCUUCAUUUUAUUCACCCCGAGCCUUUUCGCGUCCUGAAGACGAGUGUGGACGGCAAACAGAAGUGCUUUAUCAACAUCUGCUCCAACGAGUGCAUUGGUAAACCCGAAUUUAAAGUCGGGAGGUCAAACGACGGCAUUCCAGGCCACCACUGGUCUCUGCCCCACAGCUUGACCCAAGGGCGAACUGACAGGGAUUCCAAAGGUAACAAGUUCAUUAUAUAUGACGUUGUAUUCCACCCGGACACACUUCACAUUGCUGGGACAAACAAGACGUUCAUGGACAUGGUGGAUGGUAUUGCUGUUCAGGCCAUUCAGGACGGAUUCAAAGUUAAACUGGACAAAAAUAACACUAGAGUCCUUAAGAUCAAGUACAAGGGGACACCUGUGGCUUCUGUCACCCGCAAAACCAUCCCUGGACACCCUGGUCAAGAGAAGCCAGCCCAGCCUGACCCUCUCGCUUUCCCCUACCCAGACGAGAGGCCAAACACAGAAGCACCUAAUCCUAAAGAGGGUCUCAAAGCUAAGGUGCAGCCCAGCCAGAGCCACCACAAAUCAGAUUCUGGCCCUUCCAAGGGUUCCACCAAGCCCAACUACACCCUAAAGUACAUAGAGCAUAUUGAUUUACAGGAUUUCAGGUUCUCAAGAGACUCUGCCCGCAGCCCCCGGCCCAAAGAAAUAGUCGUAAUGGUGGAGCUGCCCCUCCUCAGAUCAGUAGGGGAGCUGGAUCUGGACGUGACAGAGAAGACCGUUCUGCUGCAAUCCAAGAAGCCAGCCUACAGCCUGAAGGUACCCCUGGCAUACCCUGUGGACUACGAUAAAGGAGAAGCCAAGUUCAACAAGCUGACGCACCAGCUGACUAUCACCCUGCCUGUCCUGCCCCUGAAGCAGCCGACCAGCCUGCCAUUUCUCUCUGGGGCCUGCAGUGAGAACGUGGAGGGGGAAGACAGCGACAAGGCAGUGUUGUCAGAAGACAGGUCGACAGCGUCUGGCCAAGGAGAUGAGUUGGAUCAAGACGACGCUUCCACAGCAAACAGCUCAGAGGGAGCAGCCGACUGUGGGACUGAUCCAGCACCAUCAGCCCAAGCUGGGAUCCAGCCUGGUUCACCCUGGAGAGACAGGGAAGAGUCUGGCCAGCCAGGUGGCCUUGACUGGAGUCACAACCUGAGACACUGUAAGGAAGCAGGAGACGAGGCCGGAGACGAGGCCGGAGACGAGGCAGGAGACGAGGCCGGAGACGAGGCAGGAGACCAGGCCGGAGACCAGGCCGGAGACGAGGCAGGAGACCGGGCCGGAGACCGGGCCGGAGACGAGGCAGGAGACGAGGCCGGAGACGAGGCAGGAGACCGGGCCGGAGACCAGGCAGGAGACCAGGCCGGAGACGAGGCAGGAGACCAGGCCGGAGACCAGGCCGGAGACCAGGCUGCUGACUGCAACAGCCCGACAAGGGAGGAGGAAGAGCAGGCUGGCAAUAUGCAUCUGAACAAGAGCAACUCUGAGCCCUCAUCCCUGAUCGCCAACAUGGUGUUUGAAACAAACGAAACAUCCGCUUUGUCCACCAUUGCAUCCCAGCCUGACCUCCACCAGUACCAUCACCAGACCACUGACCAGCUGCAACACAGAGAGAAGAGAGAGGGGGACACAUGUCCUGAGGAGAAGAGUAGAACCCCAAUGUUAAGCAGAAGUGGUGUAGAGGCGGAGAGAGCAGCUCCAUUCACUGGAACCGAAGGGAAGCCAGCUCCAUCUACAGCCAAGGUGAACAACAGCACUGUGCGCUUCUGUGAGGACCUGGCUGUGAUCCCACAGGAGAUGUUGAAGGAAGAGGAAGGGGUGGAUGAAGAUGACCUGCCAUCACAGCAGACCUUUCCUCAGGACUGGAACAUGAAGCAGUUUGUACCUCCAGCUGUGCUGAGGGAGACUAAGGAGGAUGGACAGGAAGUUGUCAUAACCGAACAUGCUACUUCUGCCGGAUUCUCCUUUAAGAACACUCUUCUCUAUGACCUUGACUGAUUCUCCUGUUUAACUAUAACUUUGGUUUAAUGAUAUACUCCUAUAGCAGGGGUGUUCAAUCCUAGUCCUCAGAUUCCUCCUGUAUGUUCAUUGCUCCAAGACACCUAAUUCAAAUGAAUGGUUUUUAUCAGGCUUCCACAGAGUUUGAUAACAACCCAUUCAUUUGAAACAGGUGUACUGGAGCAGGGAAACAUCUACAACAUACAGGACACUGAGGACCAGGAUCGAACACCCCAGUCAUAUAGUAUAUGAUUUUCUAUUUAGUUCUGUUCUGAACAGUUUUGUUGUGGACUAUGAAAAUGUUCUAUAUGGGUUUUAUAUUAACCCGCAUUACAGAAUGCUCAUUGUGAGCCAAAGGCAACAGUGUUUGAGUUUUGCUUUACUCACAACAGUGAUUUGAGUGGUGACACAAGCUCCUGUUUCAAUAAACUGUUGAGUAGUUCUCUACCUAAUUUAACCAGAUCAUUGUUACAACAUUUGAAUGUUUGUAUUCCAGCCCCAAUAAACGGUGACAAUAUGGGACUUUC